CAAUAAAACCUCUUGGCUCUAUCCCUGAGGCGAUUCCUGUCAUGCCGGUCCCAAUCCGAGGCCUCACAACCCAUCAGGUUUAUCACAACGUCUCCGUACCAAGGGUCGUCAACCCAUUCUCCCAGAAGCCGGGUCAAGCCCAGAUUAGUCACCAAUCGUCAGAUUCACACGAAAUUUUGUCGACAAGACUUUUAAACUAGGUCAAACUGCACAUGCGGAAAAUUUCCUACAGAAUCAAGGGAUGGACCAAAUCGAGGUCCGUAAGAACGCCUAUCGAACCAUCUAUUUUGUCAAGCAUGAUUCCAAACGAUGGCCUCGCAAAUGGCUAUACUAUACUAUCAGAUUGGUGUUGGUAGUUUGAUGUAUGCGAUGACUCAAACGUGGUUGGACCUGGCCUUCGCGAUGUCAUCACUUUCCCCUUAUUGCCACAACCCCUCAGCCAUCCACAACGAUCAAGAAAAACGACGCCUGCGAUAUUAUUGGGGGGGCAAGGGCCUGGCACUGAUCCUAGGUGGCCACAGAGAUCGAGGGGAUGACGAGAGAGGUAGCUAUCAACUGAUCACGGGCUCGGUCAAAUCCCCUUAUCAAAUUUGAGAUCCCAUUUCCAACGACGACGAAAUAUCAGAGCUCAAAGCUACUUCAUCCAGUUCGGUUGGUGACAAAGCUGAUGAAGCUGAGAAGGAGUAAAACUCUCUGUAUUUUGCUAUGAAAAGGGGAAAAACUAGCUGCAAACAGGAGCAUGUAGAAGGUAGGCUUGACCGAGGAGAGUGGUCACACAGAUCCACGUGACAAAUCAACAGUUGGGCAGCAUGUGAAAAAAAGAUUGAAAGGUGCCAGUGGCGCUGCC